AUGCUUCUGUUGCAGACAGUUCAAGAUCUUGCCCGUAACCAAGACCACGCUACAAUUCCUUCAACACCUAUAGUCCGUGCUUCUGUGCUUACUCAGUCACCUGCCAUAUUGACACCAUCGAAACUUACUCGCUUCCUGGAGUAUGCUGAGCAGGAACUCGGUGUUAGCCAGGCAAUGAUGUAUGAAUCAUCAUUGCGUAGUAUUGGAGCUGGUCCAGACAUCCUUGUCGAGAUUGCUGACCAAGAACUCGCUCGCAUUGGGCUCACCCCAGGUGACAUCAUUCGUUUGAAAAAAGGAAGCGUCACUUGGUGGAAUGGCCCUCUUGCGAAGAAUGAGCUAAUGGACAGUACAAAAUGUAAAUGUAGUGAUACUAUCAAUUCCGAGAUUCCUGAGGACCGGAGAUACCAGUAUGAAAAAAGAUACCAUGAUGGAGGACGAGCACGCAUCAAUGGGAGUAGAAUGAGAAUCGAAGAGCGGCCACCUGGGGAGUGUCCUGAUCUUGAUUAUGAUCUUUAUUACUUUUGCGGCAACAGACGAGAGUGGGUUCCCUUUCCACCAGGGUAUACAUUUGAUGCAGAAGGUAGUCGCGAAGAUGAAGAUCCAUUCAGGUAG